GCCCUGGGACGGGACUUCUUUGAGCGCUCGCUGGGCCCCGUUCUGCAGUGUUACCUGACCCGCAAGUCCUGGUGGGCCCCAACUACGUGAGCGACUGGUGGGAAGAAUACGUUUACCUGCGGGGCCGGGGCCCGCUGAUGGUGAACAGCAACUACUAUGCGAUGGAUUUCCUGUACGUCACCCCAACCCCCCUGCAAGCCGCCCGGGCGGGGAACGUGGUCCAUGCUGUGCUGCUCUAUCGGCGUCUGCUGAACCGUGAGCAGAUCAAACCGCUGAUGAUCCAGGGCACCCUGCCCAUGUGCUCUGCGCAGUACGAACGCAUGUUCAACACCACCCGUGUCCCUGGAGUGGAGGCAGAUUCGCUGCAGCACCGGCGGGACAGCCGGCACAUCGCUGUUUUCCAUGCCGGCCGCUUCUUCCGCGUGGGGCUGUACCAUGGGGGGCGGCUGCUGGGCCCCCGCGAGCUGCAGGCCCAGUUCCAGCGGAUCCUGGACGACCCCGUGCCCCCCGCGCCCGGCGAGGAGACCCUGGCUGCCCUGACCGCCGGGCCCCGGGAACCGUGGGCCCGGGCCCGCCAGACGUACUUCGGGUCGGCCGGAACGGGAUCGCUCCGGGCGGUGGAACAAGCUGCCUUUUCCUCACGCUGGACACCACGGAGCAGGGCUGCUGGCACCGACCGGGCCGGGCGUGGAAUCGAUUACGCCAAGGCCCUGCUGCACGGGCAGUGCCACGACAGGUGGUUUGACAAAUCCUUCACCCUGAUUGUCUUCCGCAAUGGCAAGAUCGGCCUGAACGCGGAGCACUCCUGGGCCGACGCCCCCAUUGUGGGCCACCUCUGGGAGUACACGCUGGCCACAGACAUCUUCCAGCUGGGCUACAGCGUGGACGGUCACUGCAAGGGGGAGCUGGACCCCAGCAUCCCCCCACCCCAAAAACUGCAGUGGGAGAUCCCCGAGGAGUGCCGGCGGGUGAUCCAGGGCUCCCUGUGGGCGGCCCAGGCCCUGGCCGACGACAUCGAUUUCCACACGUUCGCCUUCAAGGACUUCGGCAAGGGGCUGAUCAAGAAAUGCCGCACCAGCCCCGACAGCUUCAUCCAGCUGGCCCUGCAGCUGGCACACUUCCGGGACAAAGGGAAGUUCUGCCUGACCUACGAGGCCGCCAUGACGCGGCUGUUCCGCGAGGGGCGCACGGAGACCGUCCGCUCCUGCUCUAUCGAGUCCUGCAACUUCGUCCGCGCCAUGAUGGACUCCACCCAGAGCGCUGCCCAGCGCCUGGCCCUGUUCCGUGUGGCGGCUGCCAAGCACCAGACCCUGUACCGCCGGGCCAUGAUGGGCGCGGGCAUCGACCGACACCUCUUCUGCCUCUACGUGGUCUCCAAGUACCUGGGUGUGGACUCCCCCUUCCUCAGGGAGGUGCUGUCAGAGCCAUGGGGCCUGUCAACCAGCCAGACCCCCGUCCAGCAGCUCGAGCUCUUCGACCUCAAGAACCACCCUGACUACAUCUCCGCCGGGGGCGGCUUCGGGCCAGUGGACGAUAACGGCUACGGGGUGUCAUACAUCAUCAUCGGCGAAGACCUGAUCAUGUUUCACGUCUCCUGCAAGUUUUCUGGCACCGAGACGGACGCUCACCGCUUCGGGGCCAACAUCCGGACGGCUCUGCUCGACCUCCGGGCUCUCUUCAACCUGCCCCUCAAGUAGCCUGAAGACGCGCUGCGGGCGGAGGGGGGGCAGCUGGAUUUCCCCCCCGCCCCAAUAAAGCUUAUGGGGCAC